CAGGAAGUGUAGAGGCUUUAACACAAACCACUGAUCUGUCAGUCAUUUAUCAGUCUGACAGAAUGGAGCUGUGGACACUCCGUAUGAUGAUCUUGCUUAUUUCAUUUAUCCACGUUGGACAAGCUCAAGAAAGACCAAAAGCUGUUGUGAUUCUGCAGCCUGAUGGAGAGAUAUUCAGUGGACAGAAAGUCACUUUAACAUGUGAAAUACGAGGACAUGAAGAAACUUUAGAUGUGGAGUGGAUAUACAACUGGUAUAAAGAUGAUGUCCUACUUUCUGCCCCUGUUGAGUACAAGUAUUCAUUUACUGCUGAAAAGUCUUUCAGUGGUAAAUUCUCCUGCAGUGGACAGACAAAAAGUGACUCACAACCUUCAGAGACCAGCCCUGCUGUUACACUCACUGUGUCAGAAAAACCUAAACCUGAACUCACAUCAGACCUUAAAGGAGCUGCACUGACAAAAAACUCAGUGACUCUGUCCUGUACACUGAAGCUGCAGUCUGCUGGAUGGAAGUUUUACUGGAUCAAACCCACACAGAGCUCUGAGACUGAGACUAAAACACACCAGUACAUCAUCAGUUCAGUUACAGUCUCUGAUGGAGGUCAGUACAAGUGCAGAGCUGGAAGAGGAAACCCAGUCUACUACACAGACUACAGUAACGAACUCUGGGUAAAUGUUAUUGAGAGACCUAAAGCUGUGGUGACCAUAAAGCCUGACAAACAUGUGUUCAGAGGAGAGACUGUGACUCUCAGGUGUGAAAUACAGGGAGGAGGAGACACUGAGUGGACAUACAGCUGGUAUAAAGAUGACCAAAUCUACCCAUACCACAAAACCCAGGAGUUCAGCUUCAGAUCAGUUAGAAAUGAACACAGUGGUAAAUACACCUGCAGCGGGAGGAGACGCAGUGACUCUCAGAGCUCAGAGAUCAGUGAUGCUGUUAUUCUCACUGUAUCAGAAAAACCUAAACCUGAACUCACAUCAGACCUUAAAGGAGCUGCACUGACAGGAAACUCAGUGACUCUGUCCUGUACACUGAAGCUGCAGUCUGCUGGAUGGAAGUUUUACUGGAUCAAACCCACACAGAGCUCUGAGACUGAGACUGAAACACACCAGUACAUCAUCAGUUCAGUUAGAGUCUCUGAUGGAGGUCAGUACAGGUGCAGAGCUGGAAGAGGAAACCCAGUCUACUACACAGACUACAGUGAUGUACUCUGGGUAAAUGUUAUUGAGAGUCCUAAAGCUGUGGUGACCAUAAAGCCUGACAAACAUGUGUUCAGAGGAGAGACUGUGACUCUCAGGUGUGAAAUACAGGGAGGAGGAGACACUGAGUGGAUAUACAGCUGGUAUAAAGAUGACCAAAUCUACAGAGACUACAAAACCCAGGAGUUCAGCUUCAGAUCAGUUAGAAAUGAACACAGUGGUAAAUACACCUGCAGAGGGAGGAGACGCAGUGACUCUCAGAGCUCAGAGAUCAGUGAUGCUGUUACUCUCACUGUAUCAGAUGUAGCAGAGACAGUAAUGACUGUGUCUCCACUGAUCUGGCUGACUGAAGGAGAUUCAGUGACUCUAAGCUGUGAGGUUAAACACUCCUCUACAGGCUGGACAUUCAGCUGGUACAAAGAUGUUCUCUACACAGACAGUCAGGGUUCCCUCAGGUCCAGAACAUCACUCCUCUCAGACAGCAGCAGAGGAUCUGGAGGCUCCUACACUCUCAGUCCUGUUACUCUGAAUCACACAGGAGUUUAUGUGUGCGGGGCUGAGAGAGGAAUCUUUCACACACAGAACAGCAAAACACAGCCACUGUGGAUCACUGGUGAAUCUCCUCCAGUGUCUCUGAUCAUCAGUCCGAGCAGAACUCAACACUUUACUGCUGACUCUCUCUCACUGAGCUGUGAGGACCAGAGUAAUUUUGCUGGAUGGACAGUGAGAGGAUACAGUUACACUAAGACAUUUGUCGAUUGUUCAUCAGUUUCAGGAUCUACAUGUAACAUCAGCUCCCUCUCUACAUCACACACUGGAGUUUAUUGGUGUCAGUCUGUAUCUGGAGGAUGCAGUAAUUCUGUCAACAUCACAGUGCACAAUGGUGAUGUGAUCCUGGACAGUCCUGUACAUCCUGUGACUGAGGGACGUCUUCUGACUUUACGCUGUUUAUUUCGCAACAAAAAGAUCCCAGGUUCUGGUGUCGAUUUCUAUAAAGAUGAUUCCAUCCUUCACUCCCAGACUACAGGAGAGAUGAUCAUCAGUAGUGUCUCAAAGUCAGAUGAAGGUUUCUACCACUGUAAACACCCAGAGAGAGGAGAGUCACCGAAAAGCUGGGUUUCAGUCAGCUUGCAAAGUCCUGGGCCCAACAUUGUACCAGUAGCUGUGGCUGUGGGACUGACUUUGGCCUUGUUGUUCAUCAUCCUUGUACUGAUCCUGCUGUGGAAGCACAAAUCCAACAAAGGAAAGGACAGAGGCAUACAGCAGAACAGCAAUCAGACACCAGUCCAGAGUCCAUCAGGAGCUGAGAAUUCUCAGUCAGGAAACGCACCACUUCAGACCGGAGGUGACAACAUUUAUGCCUCCGUAGACAAUGCAGAUCAUGAUGCUGGACCCAGUGAUGUAACUUACGCUGAGCUUGAACUGAAGACACAGAAAAAAGCAAAGAAAAAACAAGUGAAAGCCAAUGUCGAACCUGACACUCUUUACUCAGAGCUGAAGCAGGACACAUAGGUGCUGGAAAUGUGUGUAAAAAGUGAAGAGAUGAGAUCGAGAGUUCAUCUUGUUCAUCAUGUGUGCAUUCACAAUAAUAUCAGAGUGAGAUUUUUUUUAUACAGCUAAUCCCUGAGUCCAUGAAGGAGAUGACUAGAUCAUAAAUCAAAAAUAUCGCAAGUUGAACCAUGACCUAACCUUCAUUCAACUUAAAGAAGUCUUAAAGAGUGGUGAUCAGUAUGGGGGUAGUAUACUGUAAUUUAGUAAUAAAUUAACACUUUACAGUACAUUUGGCUAAUGCAAUCUAAUACAAAGCUAUAAUCCUAUGUGCUAUACAAACCUUUAACAAUGGUGGUAACCCUAAAAUAAACAAACAUGCAUUGAAGUAUCAUAUCAUAUCAAAUUGUAGUCACCAAGAUUCUGACCGACGUCUGCAUACUCGAACAACUUUAGGUUGUUGAUGCCCACAGUAACUUAGUUGCCUGAAGAUUGAACUUAUUUGUUUUAAAUAAGAUAAUUGGAAAGGAUUAUAUUUUAGCAAUCAUGUAUUUACACAAUCCAAGCUAUUUCCACACAACAAAAAUAAGUGCCAAAAAUGUAUAUUUGGUUAUUUAAUACCAAGGAGACCCAAACUGUGUGCACAGAUUGUGACAAUAUUAGUAUUUGUAAAAAUAUACAUCGUUAUUUAUGUAGUGUUAAAGAAAUUUUAAUGUUUUGUUGUUGUUGUUGUUGUUCUUUUUGUUGUUUGGUAUAAAUUUGGAUGUAUUUCAUCAAUUACUGUUAUGCUUUUAGUUUGCACAUAUGAUACUCUGUAAUAGCAUAUACAUUAAUAUGUAUAUAUAACAUUUCUAUUUUAAGUCUGUCAGUUUUUGAUUCACAGUCCAGUAGCUCGAGUAGUGAUUGCAUCCUAUGAAUACAUCCUAUGUGUUUCAUUAAUAUUUUGAAGCAAUUCUAGAAAUACUGCACAUCUAAGCAAACAGAUUACAAACUGAGCUAAACAUGGAGCAUUAACAUGUUUAGAUCAGGAAAUAUUAUUAAUAUUAUAAACAAAACAAAGCCUGUUCUAAGAUACAAAACAACGUUAUUGUAUUUUUUCUAUUUUUAUUAUUAUCUCUAUUUUUAUUACUAUCUCUAUUAUUGUACUUUCUCAA